AUGGCUGGAUAUCUCAAAGUCCUCAGCUCUGUGUCCAGGAGCGCUACUAAUGCGUUCUCCCGAAACCCCGGGGUCCUGGCCCCAGCUGCAAACUGCCAGACUCUGCAACAAAGGAAUUAUGCAGACAAACGCAUUAAGGUGUCUCAGCCUGUGGUGGAGAUGGAUGGAGAUGAGAUGACCCGUAUCAUCUGGGAGUUCAUCAAGGAAAAGCUGAUCUUGUCCAACGUGGAUGUGGAGCUGAAGUACUAUGACCUGGGGCUGCCGUACCGAGACCAGACCGAUGACCAGGUCACCAUCGACUCAGCUCUGGCCACAUUGAAGUACAAUGUUGCGGUCAAAUGUGCAACCAUCACACCAGAUGAAGCUCGAGUGGAAGAAUUUAGCUUGAAGAAAAUGUGGAAAAGCCCAAAUGGUACCAUCAGAAACAUUCUUGGUGGGACUGUGUUUCGUGAGCCAAUCCUUUGCCAGAACAUUCCUCGGUUGGUCCCUGGCUGGACAAAGGCCAUCACCAUUGGCAGACAUGCCUUUGGAGACCAGUAUCGUGCCACAGAUUUCGUUGUGACCCAGCCAGGAAAAUUCAAGAUUAUCUUUUCUCCCAGUGACGGCAGCGCUGCCACCGAGUGGGAGGUGUAUGAUUUCCCCGCUGGAGGUUGUGGCAUGGGCAUGUACAAUACUGAUGAGUCCAUCACAGGCUUCGCCCACAGCUGUUUCCAGUACGCCAUCUCAAAGAAGUGGCCUCUGUACCUGAGCACAAAGAACACCAUCCUCAAAGCCUACGAUGGCCGCUUCAAGGACAUCUUUGAGGAUAUUUUCCAGAAGAAUUACAAGCCAGAGUUUGACAAGCUGAAGAUCUGGUACGAGCACAGACUCAUCGAUGACAUGGUGGCCCAGGUGUUGAAGUCGUCCGGAGCCUUUGUGUGGGCGUGUAAGAACUACGACGGGGACGUGCAGUCAGACAUCCUCGCUCAGGGCUUUGGCUCUCUCGGGCUCAUGACCUCUGUCCUGGUCUGUCCUGAUGGAAAGACCAUCGAGGCUGAGGCGGCUCAUGGCACAGUGACCCGGCACUACCGUGAGCACCAGAAGGGAAGACCAACCAGCACUAACCCAAUCGCCAGUAUUUUCGCCUGGACCCGAGGUCUGGAGCACCGUGGCAAACUGGACGGAAACCCUGAUCUUAUAAAGUUCUCCCAGACUCUAGAGAGGGUCUGUGUUGAAACUGUAGAGAGCGGGACCAUGACAAAGGAUCUUGCAGGCUGCAUUCAUGGCCUUUCCAACGUCAAGUUGAAUGAGCACUAUGUUAACACCACUGACUUCCUGGAUGCCAUCAAGACAAACCUGGAAAAGGCCCUUGGAAAGUCAAAAAGACAUUAA